AUGGAUGAGUGGUGCAGGAACACGCAUGGGAAAAGCGGGCUUGUGGAUGCUUGCGUUAAGUCUAAGACUGGUGAGAAAGAGGCCGCGGAGGGAUUGGAGGCCUAUGUAAGACGCUGGGUGGAGAGGGCGACCGGUAUGGACGAAGGGGAGGGUGGUAUGGGAAGAGGAAGAGGAGCAGGAGACAGGGGAAAGGGAAGAGGGUUGUUGGCGGGGAACUCAGUGCAUUGCGACAAGGCGUUUUUGAGUCGGGGGGAGUGGAAGAGGGUCAAUGACUAUCUAGGAUAUAGAAUCCUGGACGUAAGUUCGAUCAAGGAAGGGGCAAAGAGAUGGGCUAGUGAGGAGGUGUUGCUGGGGGUGCCGCAGAAGACAAAUCAGCAUAAGGCGAAAGAGGAUAUUUUGGAGAGUAUCGAGGAGUUCACAAUGAGUGUGCAGAACGUCUCAUUCAAAUCUUUUACCGACCAGAAGCCAGGAACAUCUGGACUUCGCAAGAAGACGACUGUCUUUCAGCAACCGCAUUACAGCGAGUCAUUCAUUACUAGCAUCCUUCUCUCAAUCCCCGAAGGCGUCGAAGGUAGCACCCUUGUUGUCGCUGGAGAUGGGCGCUUCUAUAACCCAGAACUCAUUCAGUUGAUUGCAAAAAUUGGGAGUGCAUAUGGAGUGAAGAAAUUGAUUGUGGGCCAAAAUGGUAUUCUGAGCACGCCCGCGGCCAGUCAUGUCAUCAGAAUACGGAAGGCUACGGGAGGUAUCCUCUUGACAGCCAGCCACAACCCCGGAGGUCCUUCGAAUGAUGUUGGAAUCAAAUACAAUCUUGCCAAUGGCGCUCCAGCUCCCGAGACUGUCACCAACAAGAUCUUCGAUACCUCAAAAUCACUUACCUCCUACAAGAUUGCCGACAUUCCCAAAGUGGAUCUAGCUUCCAUUGGCACCAACAAGUAUGGUAGUCUCGAUGUCGAGAUCAUCGAUUCCACAGCCGACUAUGUCACUAUGCUGAUGUCGAUCUUCGAUUUCCCCCUCAUCAAAUCUUUCUUGGAAUCGCACACCGACUUCAAAGUCCUAUUUGACGCGUUGAGUGGUGUGACGGGCCCCUACGGCGUUGCAAUUUUCGAGAAAGAACUGGGCUUGGAAGAUAGCACGCAGAAUUGCAUACCAUCCCCAGACUUCAAUGGCGGUCAUCCCGACCCUAACCUUGUUUACGCGCACUCUCUCGUCGAAGCAGUUGACUCCAAGGGUAUUCACUUUGGUGCCGCAAGCGACGGUGAUGGCGAUCGAAACAUGAUAUAUGGGGCUAAGGCGUUCGUGUCCCCUGGCGAUUCCUUAGCCAUCAUUGCCCACUACGCGAAGAUGAUUCCUUAUUUCCGGGACCAGGGAGUUUAUGGCCUUGCUCGCUCCAUGCCCACGUCAGGCGCCAUUGAUCUUGUAGCGAAAAAGCAAGGGCUGCAGAAUUAUGAAGUGCCGACAGGCUGGAAGUUCUUCUGUAACCUUUUCGAUACGAACAAGAUGUCCAUCUGCGGUGAGGAAAGCUUUGGGACCGGUUCCAAUCAUAUCCGCGAAAAGGACGGACUGUGGGCUGUCAUGGCCUGGCUGAACAUCAUUGCUGGUGUAGCGAAAGAAAAGCCUGGUACUACGCCUAGUAUCAAAGAUAUCCAGCAUGAGUUCUGGCAGACAUAUGGACGCACAUUCUUCACACGGUAUGACUAUGAGGGCGUGGAUAGCGAUGGUGCAAAUCAAGUCGUUGCUAAUCUCAAGGAACUGAUCACGACGAAAAAGGCCGACUUUGUGGGCUCUGCCGUGUCAGGACGCAAGGUCACCGAGGCGGAUGACUUCUCGUACACUGAUCUCGAUGGAAGCGUCAGCAAAAACCAAGGUAUCUUCGUGAAGUUUGACGAUGGGAGUAGGAUUGUCGUAAGGCUCUCAGGGACGGGGAGCUCGGGGGCAACGAUUCGGUUGUACGUGGAGAGGCAUGAGACCGACCAGGCGAAGUUUGGCCUUGAUGCGCAAGAGUAUCUCAAGGACAACAUCAAUCUAGCGACUGAAUUGUUGAAGCUCAAGGAGUAUGUGGGCAGAGAUGAACCUGGUAAGCAAUAG